AACCCCAAGCCGCCCGGCCGCGGCAACCUAGCCUGGCCCCCGUGGCGGGCGGGCGCUGCGCUGACCGCCCGGCCCCCACCGCGCCAACUCGAGCUGACCCCGCCGCUUCCCUUCCCUCCCUGACGCCGGCCAUAUAAGUAGCUGGGCUGCUGGACCAGCCGUCCCCCCACCCCCCGUCUCUCUCUCUCUCUCUCUCUCUCUCUCUCCUCCGGUUAAAGCCAACACGACGCACCAGUCUAGCUGGGAGCUGGCAGCUGUCUCCCUCCUUCCCUCCUCGGCGCUGCCGGCCCGCGCCUCCUCGGCCCCUCUACUCCUCUGCCACCUCCCCCUUCCCUGUCCCGCAUUCCUCGCCGCUCCGCCUCACGUUUCGGCGCCGAAUCGGGCGGAAUCUGAAGGGAGGGUGGGGGGAUGGGGUCGCCGGGGGCGGGGAGCAGCGGCCACGAGUGCUCCUUCAAGAUCCUGCUCAUCGGGGACUCGGGCGUCGGCAAGAGCAGCCUCCUCGUCAGCUUCGUCGCCGCCUCCCACCUCGAUGACGACAUCGCGCCCACCAUCGGAGUGGAUUUUAAAAUCAAGUUCCUUACAGUUGGUGGAAAGAAACUGAAGUUGACGAUAUGGGAUACUGCUGGCCAGGAGAGGUUUAGGACAAUUACUAGUUCUUACUACAGAGGUGCUCAAGGAAUUAUUCUAGUAUAUGAUGUCACAAAGAGAGAGAGUUUCACAAAUUUGGCUGAUGUGUGGACUAAGGAAAUAGAAGCAAACUCAACAAACAAAGACUGCAUAAAAAUGCUUGUUGGAAACAAAGUUGACAAGGACGAUGAAAGAAUGGUCACAAGAGAAGAAGGCAUUGCCUUCGCACAAGAAUCUGGAUGUCUGUUUCUUGAGAGCAGUGCAAAAACACGAGAAAAUGUUGAAAAAUGUUUUGAAGAACUUGCAUUGAAGAUUCUUGAGGUACCGAGUCUCCUGGAGGAAGGUUCUUCCUCGGUUGUCAAGAGGAACAUCCUGAAACAGAAGCAGGAAAGCCAUGCAAAGCUCGGUGGUGGAUGCUGUCAAUAGACGAGCCGAUCCAUUCAGCCUGGUUGGUCUUCUUCGUGUGAGCUGCUCUUGUGUUCCGCUAUAAAUGAGUUGUAUCUAAACGUUCUGUGAAUAAAAGGGG